ACAUUUUCCGGCAGCGGCAGCAGCAGCGAGUGAAGGCAGCGCGGACACGGGGAGCAGCGGACGGCCAGUGAAGCGGACUACGGAACAAACUGUGGACAUUGAACACUUUCCCUUUCUCCUGCCGCUGUGCGUCCUGCCCGCUUUACACAGUGUCAGCAUGUCCAGUGAGGUGCAGCCGAGGCCGGACGACAGCCCCAACACCAGUGGGGGAAGCUCGGACGCUGAGCAGAGGGAGGCGGCUCCUCCGGAACAGUCGGGCCCCGAGCAGCGGGACCAGACCCAGCCCAAAAAGAAGGAGGCCAAAAUCUCCAGCAAGACCGCUGCCAAGCUCUCCACCAGCGCCAAGAGAAUCCAGAAGGAGCUAGCAGAGAUAACCUUGGACCCACCACCAAAUUGCAGUGCCGGUCCUAAAGGAGACAACAUUUACGAGUGGAGGUCAACCAUCCUGGGCCCUCCAGGCUCCGUGUACGAGGGAGGAGUGUUUUUCCUGGAUAUUGCCUUCACACCAGACUACCCCUUCAAACCACCCAAGGUGACGUUCCGCACCAGGAUCUACCACUGUAACAUCAACAGUCAGGGGGUGAUCUGUCUGGACAUCCUGAAGGACAACUGGAGUCCUGCCCUCACCAUCUCCAAGGUCCUGCUGUCCAUCUGCUCCCUGCUCACUGACUGCAACCCUGCCGACCCUCUGGUGGGAAGCAUCGCCACACAGUACCUGACCAACAGAGCUGAGCACGACAGGAUAGCCAAACAGUGGACCAAACGCUACGCCACAUAGAUCAUCUCAACUGCACCAGGACCCCUCCACCCCACCCAACACACCCCCACACACACACACACGCACACAC